UUUGUCAUCAAACAACUUCAGCUAAUUAUAUAAAUCGCUUUGACUAUAUUGGGUUUUCGUUUGCAAAAAUGAAAAAUAAAAGUUUCCAGUUCUGCACGUUGAUAUUUUAAUGGAGGUUUUCGCUAAAAAACAAAUCAGCUCAAAUUAAUAAAACAAUUCCUAAUGUUGAAAUUUCUCAGAACAAAAUUUCAAUUGAUUCAAGAAAUCCAAACUUUUUACCCAAAACUUUAUUGUAGUAAGGUUUUUGUUAAAUCCUUAAAGGAUAAAAUGGCAAGUGUUCAACACGCACAAACACAACACGGAAAUUCAAAAUUUGUUGAUGAAGAGAACAUAACCGUUUUACGUACAACACAUUCGCCUAUAUCAAAUAUAGAAGAAUUAGAUUUUAAAGAGGUUGAACUGCUUAACAGUGCGAAAUAUUUAAAUGAUGAUUUAGUUUCUAAUGAAGGAGAACCAGCGUCGGAACAUAUUAAAAAGGAAAAUGCUGAUAAAAGCAAGUGUGUAUGGUUCUUUGAUUCCGAAUCUUAUUCUUCAUUAUCGAAAAGUGAAUCAAAUGCAGACAAGCCCCUUACAAAUCCAGAAAAACGAAAAACUCAAGAAAAUCAGAGCAAUUCAGAAUUUAAAAAACCGAAGUUGGAAACAAAAGAUUUAAAAGCAAAGAGACCCGGUUUUUCGGAGGAUCGCUAUAAUGAAACAUCUUAUUAUUUCGAAAAUGGAUUACGCAAAGUGUACCCUUAUUAUUUUACUUUUACAACAUUUACAAAAGGCAGAUGGGUUGGCGAAAAAAUUCUUGAUGUUUUUUCCCGGGAAUUUCGGGCUCACCCUGCAGAAGAAUAUGAAAGGUCUAUUAAUUCGGGAUCUUUAACUGUAAACUACGAGAAAGUUUCAACCAAUUACAUUCUCAAACAUAAUGAUCUACUGGCUAACAUAGUUCACAGACACGAAGUACCAGUUACAAAUCAAUUAAUUGAAAUUAUCGAAAUGGAUUGUAAUAUGGUAGCAAUUAAUAAACCAGCUUCGAUCCCAGUUCAUCCAUGUGGACGUUACCGACACAAUACUGUUGUUUUCAUUUUGGCAAAAGAAUAUAAUUUAAAAAAUUUAAGAACAAUACAUCGUUUGGAUCGCUUAACGUCUGGACUGUUGUUAUUUGGAAGAAACCCUAAGAAAGCAAGAGAAAUGGAGGUACAAAUAAGAAAUCGGGAGGUUAAAAAAGAAUAUGUGUGUCGUGUAGAAGGAAAUUUUCCAAAUGGUGUAAUUGAAUGUAAAGAACCUAUUGAAGUAGUAAGUUAUAAAAUUGGAGUCUGCAAAGUAUCAACGAAAGGCAAAGAUUGUAGCACUUCUUUCCAAAAAUUGAAUUAUGAUGGCAAAAGUAGUAUUGUUUUGUGUAAGCCAAGAACUGGAAGGAUGCAUCAAAUUCGAGUACAUUUACAGUUUUUAGGGUAUCCUAUAAUUAAUGAUCCAUUAUAUAAUCAUGAAGUUUUUGGCCCAAAAAAGGGUAAAGGGGGUGAUAUUGGUGGAAAAAGUGAUGAACAGCUAGUUAAAGAUUUGAUAGAAAUUCAUAACGCAGAAAAUUGGUUGAGUGCUGAAAGGGAUUCUAGUCCCUUCCAAGUUUCUGAUGUUAAUAUAGAAAAUAUAAUAUCCGGAAAUACAAAAAAAGGUGAUAAAUUUGACAAUAAUGAUGAGCACUGUUCAAAUAUCUUUGAACAUCAAAAUAAUACUGAUGCAGUUACUUAUAAUAAAAUCACUGAAAUAAGAAGUGAUGCUAAAGGAAACAAAACGACGAUCGCUACACAAACCGGACAUGACCCACCUGAUUUACAAUUCGACCCCAAAAAAUUAACUAAGGAUGAACACUGCUACGAAUGUAAAAUAAAUUUCGCAGAUCCUAAACCAAAAGAUUUGAUAAUGUAUUUACAUGCUUGGAAAUAUGAAGGGCCUGAUUGGAAAUAUGAAGCCAAAUUGCCGGAUUGGGCGAAAAUUUCAUAAAAUGAUAAAAUUGGACAUACCUUUACUAUCUAUUAUGUAUAAAACCAGUCUUCAAUUACGAUAAUAAAAAUUUUACUUAAAAUAUCUUGAAAGCCUAGAUUUAAGAUAUCUCUACUAAGAAAAAUUAUAUUUUAUGAGAGGUGAUAUAUUUUACAAAAAAUUUAUAUGAAAUACAAUCACUUGGAAACAUUUGACUAAAAAAGCUUUAAAAUUAUAAACUUCUUGUUAUAUAUGUACAUAUUAAAAAGGAUCAAGCAAUUAUUUUAUAUUUUAUUGCUUGAUUUUUUGAGAAAAUUUACAGACUUAAAGCUGUUUUAAUAUUUAACUUUCUUUAAAUUUAAAGAGCGUG